AUGGCUAGCUUUUUCGAUCUCAAGGCCCGGAAAGCUGCGGCAGCUUCGAACGGUGUCACGUCGGACCAAAAGAGCUCGCGUCAAGCCGACGCAAGGCAUCAACCAUGGGUUGAGAAAUAUCGACCAAAGACCCUCGACGACGUCACGGCGCAAGAUCACACAGUCACAGUCCUGCAACGAACGCUGCAAGCAUCCAAUCUUCCUCACAUGCUCUUCUACGGCCCCCCCGGCACUGGCAAAACGUCCACCAUUCUCGCUCUCGCCAAAGAACUGUACGGCCCCGAGAUGAUGAAGUCCCGAGUUCUCGAGCUGAAUGCCUCCGACGAGCGGGGUAUAUCCAUUGUCCGCGAAAAGGUCAAGAACUUUGCACGCAUGCAGCUGACCAACCCGCCCGCGUCGACUCUGAAAAAAUACCCGUGUCCGCCCUUCAAGAUCAUCAUCCUUGACGAAGCCGAUUCCAUGACACAAGAUGCCCAGAGCGCCUUGCGUCGCACAAUGGAAACCUACAGCAAAAUCACCCGCUUUUGCUUGAUCUGCAACUACGUGACCCGUAUCAUCGACCCGCUGGCCAGUCGAUGCAGCAAGUUCCGAUUCAAGAGCCUGGACCAGACCAAUGCGAAGAAGAGGCUGGAGCUGAUUGCCAAUGCCGAGGGGGUCGUGCUGGAGGAGGGAGCCGUCGAUGCCCUCAUCAGGUGCAGCGAUGGCGACUUGAGAAAAGCAAUCACAUUUCUGCAGAGUGCUGCUCGACUGGUCGGCACCGCUCGCACAGCCAAAGCCGAUGAGGAGCAAGCUGGGCCCGGGGAGCAGAUGGAUGUUGACAAGAGGCCUGUGACGGUCAGGAUUGUGGAAGACAUCGCCGGCGUCAUCCCUGAGCAGACGGUGCAUGAUCUGGUCGAUGCGAUGCGCCCACGAGAUGUCGGCAACACGUACCGAUUGGUCUCCAAGGUGGUCGAGAGUUUGGUGGCGGAUGGCUGGAGCGCGACUCAGGUGGUAUCCCAGCUAUACCAAGCCCUCACGGCGGACGAGACCAUCCCCGAUGUUCAAAAGAACAAGAUUGUCAUGAUAUUCUCCGAGAUUGACAAGAGACUCGUUGACGGGUCGGACGAGCACUUGUCGAUACUAGACUUGGCCAUGAGGAUAUCGGCCACACUGGCUGGAAAUUAG